AUGGCCCUCCCGGGGAUCGCGAGCUCGAGCGCGGCCGCUCCACUCACGCGGGAUGAGGAGCGAGCCAUCGCUCUGAUCCAAAUCGUCGCCCUCCUCAAGGUCCUCCACCAACAGCCACUCGAUUCGACACGGCACGAGGACGACCUUGAGAUUGUUAACAAAGAGGGAUAUGAGUUGACCUUCCAACGGGAACAAGAGCUUACAGGCCUCCUCGCAUUUCUCUCAAACACCAAAUAUGAUAACCAGCGAAUCCCCGCAAUAGCGGUCCAAGAGAGUCGACCCGAGCGGGAUAUCGAGAACGAGGACAAGAUUCGCUCCAACGUUUACGAUGCCAUUCUCAACAUGUGCAAUACACGGAUCAUCGAGCGACUAGAUCCGGGGAAGAUGAACCAGAAAACCACUGUUGAGAAGAAGGAGCCAAUGAAAGAGCGACUAGAAGCUGCGAUCGACCUACUGAAAGAAGAUAACCCCAGAGACGAAAAUCUUCGAGAUGCCGCAGAGGACUUUAAAGCCAGGGCCAGACUCGCCAUCCGUGGGAUUGCAGCCUGGGAAAAGCAUCAGGUCAUGGCAGAUAUGAGAGCGUUGGUUGACCGAUUCUACGAGUUGAACGAGAUGCCCAAAUUUGUCGAUAUUGAAGCGGGGAAUGGACCCAGGUCAUUGGAGGACCUGGAGGGGGAAUUCUCCGAAUGCGUCAAGGAGAUACUGGGGGCGACGAGCGUUCACGCCGAGGUCCAGAUCCUAGCUUACUGUGACAAGAUCGCCAUGAAGAACCCUCGCGUUGUAUGUUCAAGCAAGAAGGCGUGCUAUCUCUGCGACCAGCUUAUCCAGCAUCGCGGCACAACCUUUACACGGCACGCUCAUAACAGGCUGUAUCCCAAGUGGAGGCUGCCAAUCUUUGAUUCCGGAGAUAUCACAGCGCAGUUUACCGAGACGCUGCGAAACGUAGCAAAAGAUAGCGUGGAGAAAAUGCUCAAGACCCAAAAGAGAAUUGUAUAUCAUGGGCCUGCUGAAAGCGUGUGUCACACCCUUACUCUGUCAACUACGACCAUUGCUCCUGAUCCCUCUACGACGCCCGAGGCUUCAGCGCUCCGCGAUGGUCAAGCUAGAGCCCCCGAUGCGGAAGAGUUAGAAGAGCCGAGAUCGCAAAACCUUGACCUUCAAGGCUCUCCGGUGGAUCACAACCUCGAAGAUGGUACUGAGCUUGUUGCCGGGGAUGUCCGGGACGAUGCGGAAGUGUUAGGAGAGCCGAGAUCGCAAAAGCUUGACCUUCAAGGUUCCCCGGUGGAUCACAACCUCGAGGACGGUACUGAGCUUGUUGCCGGGGAAGACCGGGACGAUGCGGGCCUCGAAGGCUUGAUAGAGCCAACUUUUCUAGAAGAUCGGCCCGGAGGCUCGCGAGGUGGAGAAGACGCCCCUGCCGUACAUCCCCCCAGUGCACCACGGCUUGAAAGCGAAGACGGCGCCUCCGAGUUGGAGGAUGAACGGAAUUCAAUAGCUGCGUCCGAACUCCAAAGUUCCUGCGCCGCCUCUGUCAUCGAUGUCUCCGCUUCCACCGCUUCCUCGGAGGAACAGCUAUCUUCGCUGUCGGAGUGCGAGAAAAGACCAGCCGAGGCUGGUGCACGCAAGCUCUAUCGGGGCAACACCAUAUACUGUGAAGAUCCAGAGGACAAACUGGAUCUUGUUUUCGAGUACCCCCAAAGACGACUUGAUGAGGAAGGAGGAACGACUACGGAAUAUCGACCUUACCACAAAGCGGCUCACCCCGGAUGA